AUGCUUGACGGAUUCCCGACCAAAGCACCUGCACCUCCAAUACAGAAGCUUCAAUAUGCAGAUGUCGCUGUCACAGCAACAGCCAAGGACUUCGCGGGCAUCUAUCGCGGCAAGCAAUAUCACGCGCCCGACUUCGAUGCUGUCAUGGAUCGAGCCGUAGCGGCGGGCGUUGACAAAGUGAUGCUCACGGGCAUGUUGUUAUCGGACAUACCCACCAACCUUAACAUCGCCAGAAAAAGGAAAGAGCAAUGCAAAGUCACGAUCGGCGUGCAUCCAUACCACGCCGCCGAGGCUGAUGAGAGAGGCGAUCAAUACUACCAGGAAAUUACACAGGCAAUCAACACCACCCUCAAGGAGGAGCCCGGACUGCUGGCCGCAUUCGGAGAGUUGGGGCUGGACUACGAUCAUCUUGCUGCUGCAUCGAUGGAAGCCCAGAUCCGCGUGUUCAAGAGACAGCUUGACAUGAUAGUAGCUGAGGGUUGGCGAUUACCGCUGUUUCUGCAUUGCCGAGCGGCAUUUGACGACUUCGUAUCUAUCCUGACUCCGUACCUUGAUCGCCUGCCUCUGCGUUCCGGACUGGUGCAUUCUUUUGUUGGCUCGAAAUCUCAGAUGCAAACUCUCAUUGACCUUGGUCUCGAAGUCAGCGUCAACGGCUUCAGCUUCCGCGAUCGCGAGAGCCUAGAGAUGGUGCGCGCCAUUCCACUUGAGAAGCUGCAGAUCGAGACCGAUGCGCCUUGGGGAGAGAUCCAAGCUACGAGCGAAGUCUCAAAAGCAUACCUGAAGAAUGCGACGAAGCUACCCUACGGCUCAAAGAAGAAAGACAAGUUCGUUAUGGGUGAGAUGGUAAAGGAGAGGAACGAGAGCUGCAAGUUGGAGGGUGUGGCGUUGAUCGUUGCAGGGCUGAAGAGUAUCAGUGUUGAGGAAAGUGCUGCUGCAGCGUACAAGAACAGUACAAACAUGUUCUGGAGGAACUCACAGUAG